CCGCUGUCUUUUUACCUCUCUCGCCUCUCUCUUUCUGGCCACUCUUGCUCUCUUUCUAAGCGCCCCAUUCACAAAGCCUUCUCUCUCAUAAAGCCCUCUCUCCCCCUCUCUAGAAGCAGAUCGACCACCUCUCUCUCUAAAUCAGAUUACCAACAAGAGGAACAAAAGGAUCAGAUUGACCACCUCUUUCUCUGUAUAAAAUCAUAUUACGAGAAAAAAGGAGCUAAACUUCAAAUUUGACAGCAAGAUGUCUGGAAGAAAUCGCAUGCCUUCCCAUGUGAUCAAGGGCGGUCCACGUGGAUUACCACCUAUGCGUGACAUGCCCUAUGCUCGGGGUCCCGCUCCCAUGCCUCAUCCUGCUCUUCUUGAGGAAAUGAGAGAGGCACCAUUUGGUCGUGGGCCCCCCCUCCCACCACACCCUGCCAUUAUUGAGGAGAGGCUGGCUCACCAACACCAAGAAAUCCAAGGUCUCCUUGUUGACAACCAGCGAUUGGCUGCCACCCAUGUGGCCUUGAAGCAAGAAUUGGCUGCUGCCCAACAAGAGCUCCAACACAUGUCUCACACUGCUGGGAAAAUGCAAGCUGAGAAAGAUAUGCAAUUGAGGGAGGUUUAUGAGAAAUCCUUGAAAAUGGAGGCUGACUUGCGAGCUGCUGAUGCCAUGAGAAAUGAGCUUUUGCAAGUGCGUGCUGAUAUUCAGAAGCUCAAUGUGGAUAGGCAGGAGCUGGCGUCUCAGGUCCAAGCCCUCACUCAGGACUCAACGAGAGCCAAUGCUGAUUUGCAGCAGGUCCCAUCAUUGAAGGCUGAAAUAGAGAGCAUGAAACAGGAGCUACAGAGAGCUAGGGCUGCCAUUGAGUACGAGAAGAAGGGGCAUGCUGACAACUAUGAGCAGGGUCAGGCUAUGGAGAAGAAUUUGAUUGCCAUGGCUCGUGAGGUGGAGAAACUGAGAGCUGAGAUUGCGAAUGCAGAGAAGCGAGCUCGUGCUGCUGCAGCAGCCGCAAAUCCAGAUUAUGGAGCUACAGGUGCAGGUUAUGGUGGAAACUACGGGAACCCAGAGAUGGGUUAUGGUGGAAACUCAUACCCUGCUGCUUAUGGCAUGCAUGCGGUUCAGGGUGGACCGGAAGGUGCACCCCAGUAUGGGCCUGGAGCUAGUGCCUGGGGUGCAUAUGACAUGCAACGAGCUCAUGUACGUAGAUAAAUAAGUAUUCAAUGUCAUGCUCUCCUGUGGCGAAUACAAUACUUUGUAGGGAUCAUCAGCUAUGACUUUGAGGCUGCGUAAAUUGGGGAUGACAGCUGUUGUAAUCUGGAGUCAACAGAUUGGGAAUCCAUCAUACUCUACCCAAAUGAGUUGCUGUGUAAGACAUGAAGGGAUUUAUUUGACAGAAGUGGGCAUUUUUCUUGGGGUAAAAUAUCAUUGAAGUAACCCCUUGCAAAAUCAGGGUAAAAUGUUUCCAAUUAACAUUUGAGGGUUGUUUUUUCUUUUUUAUUUUAUUUAAAUAUUUAUCCUCAAAGAAAGCAAAUUCCAAAUCGCCAAUGUUAAGGAUUAAGAAAGAAGAACAGUAAAAGGCAUUUUAGGAGUUUAAUUCCCAAGAGCCCUCAAUUGAAUGACAGAAAUAUCCAAGUUAUUUAGAGUUAUAAAUGAAGAAUGCAUUGUUUAGAAUUAGUAAUUAAGGAAGAACAAGAGUUAUUUUUGUUAUUUGGCAAGCAAAUUCCAUGCAUGUACCAAACGACAAAAAUGCCGUUAAUUGCUAAUUUGAAUUAGUUUGUUUCUCAUUUGUAUACCUAAACCUUAACAAGCAUGAUAUUUUGGCAUUUGGUUGGGGUUUUUUGGGAGAUCAAAUUAUUAAAAUGCCCCUAAUUUUUUCUCCUUCCCAAUAACCAAGGAGAAUUAGGGAAUUUUUUUACAUAUUUUUUUCUUUUUUAAAGAGAUAUUCAUGGGAAAUGAAAAGAAAAAAACAACCUCUUAAAUGUUAAUUGGAACCAUUUGACCUUUUUUAAUGAUUUUGUUAAGGGGUUUAACCUUUUAAAACAAUAUUUUCCUCUUUUAUUUCAAGUUAAAUGAGUAUGCUUAGGGUUUCAAAAUAAUGAAAGUUAUCAUUUUGUCAUUAUUCAAGCUUUGUUUCAAUUAUUUGAGGUCGAUUACAUAAAUUAUGUUUCGCUAUUCUGCUUUAUCAAUUGUCAUACAUAAGUUUAGAUAAGUUUAGAAUUUAUUAAAAUAUACGGCAAAGUUUUAUGCUGACUGUUCUCUUAUUUUUAAUUAGCAUGCAUAUGGGAAUCAUGGGCUCACCAAAAUUUCCGUGUGCUCAUGUAUUUUAUGAUCGUUAGGCCUCGUCUUUAACAUCAAUGAAGCUUUUCUCGAGUAUUGUUGUGAUAAACUUUUAAAUACUUUUUUAUAUAUUCAAAUGUUUUUAUUUUGGAUCGGGUUCGGAUCCACCCAGAUUUGGAUCUGGAUUUGAAAUUAUAUAUAUAAGAUUUGAAUUAGAAUCUGGAUCCGUAUCGGAUCCAAUGUUGUAUAUUAUAAAGUUAAAAUAUAAUUAUAAAAGUUCAAAUAAUUAUAUAUAUUAUAUAUACGG